GGCUUGGAGCGCGGGGGCGGGGCCUGUGGCGCGGCGGAGCUCCAGCAGCGGGGUCGCAGCGCGGCCGCCCCCACCCGACCCGGCCCGGCCCGGCCCGUCUGUCCCCGCCGCCGCCAUGGGCCUCACGGUGUCCGCCAUCUUCUCCCGCAUCUUCGGCAAGAAGCAGAUGCGGAUCCUGAUGGUGGGGCUGGACGCUGCCGGCAAGACCACCAUCCUCUACAAGCUGAAGCUGGGCGAGAUCGUCACCACCAUCCCCACCAUCGGGUUCAACGUGGAGACGGUGGAGUACAAGAACAUCUGCUUCACGGUCUGGGACGUGGGCGGGCAGGACAAGAUCCGGCCCCUGUGGCGGCACUACUUCCAGAACACGCAGGGCCUCAUCUUUGUGGUGGACAGCAACGACCGGGAGAGGGUGCAGGAGUCCGCCGAUGAGCUGCAGAAGAUGCUGCAGGAGGACGAGCUGCGGGACGCCGUGCUGCUGGUGUUCGCCAACAAGCAGGACAUGCCCAACGCCAUGGCGGUGAGCGAGCUGACCGACAAGCUGGGCCUGCAGACGCUGCGCAGCAGGACCUGGUACGUGCAGGCAACGUGUGCCACGCAGGGCACGGGCCUCUACGACGGGCUGGACUGGCUGUCGCACGAGCUCUCCAAGCGCUAGCUGCAGCCGGCAGCGUGGGGCGCAGGCGGGCCGGGGACGUCUCUCCCAACCGCUGUUCUCUUUGGGUUCCUUUACUUAAGUUUUUUUUUUUUUUUGGGGGGGGUGUUUUUCCUUUCCCCCCAGCGUGGCCUCGUCUCUGUGUGUUUAUCUGGUAGGACUUGAACCUCAAGGACUCUUCGGGCAGCUCUGCCUCGCAGCGCCUGCCUCUGCCCCGACCGCUGCGUGCCGGCCGUGCCCUGCCUGCGAGCGUCCCCCCGGGAGCCUGCAGGGCCGGGCGAGGGGCUCGGGCUGCGUGGACGCCGCGGGAAGGGAAGGAUCCUGCUUUUUAUCCUUCCACAAACUGUAUAGUUCUCUCGGGGAGGGGGCGUAUGGCUGCGUAACGUGCUGUUGUACGUGGAGUAAUUAAACACCACCACUUUGUACCCUG